GCUGCAAGUCACAUGCUGAAGCCCCCCCACAGCCUCUGAGGCUGGGACGCUCACUUGUCAUCUUCACGUCUCAGUGCCGCCGGGUGAGGUGCCCCCCUCUCCCCCCCAGGCUGGGACAGAGAGAGACAAAGCCUGGAAGAAGCUGCCCCCUGCACAGAGCUAUGGGGGACUGGUGCUAACGCUGACUUGCGAUCAGGGCUGGAAACCUCCAGUGACUCCUGUGUGUGCUGGACAUGCCUGUCCCUUCCUUCUGUUCUUGGGGAUCUGCAGCUACCCAGGAAAGGCUCCUGUUCAUCCUAUAAGAGCAGGGAAACUACGACGGAGCCCAGGUACCCACAGGCAGUGACCCUGAACACCACACAUGGGCCCCUCCCCAUGGAACAGACCCACUGAAGUUCUGCAGGGAGGAGCUGGUGGAGUGAAGGAUGCAGCACUGGAAGAAGUUGUGGGCUGCUGCAGCCCUGUGCAUGGUGCUUGUCCUGUGGCAGGUUCAUCAGUCCUUGUACCUGGGGCAUUCUGGCUCUUCCUGGAGGCCUGGAGACAUGCUGUGGCCUCUGUCCGUCUCAGAGGCCAAGCCCUGUGGCUGUGCCAGCUGUAUUGUGGAGCUCAGCAGCUCAGCCUGGUUUAAUGAACAGUACGACUCAGCGAUAAAUCCCCUGCUGACAGUGCACACCUCCAAGAUCGCCCCAGACGUUCUGUUGUGGUGGCUGAAGCUGCAGGGCUCGAAGAGCCAUGCCCAGCUCCAGGGAAUAAUCCAGCAAAUGUUUGACAUUCUCCCAUCCCCAACGGUGGAUGCUUGGAACCCCUCCCGCUGCAGGACGUGUGCAGUGGUGGGGAACUCCGGGCGCCUGAGGGGCUCCCACUACGGGCGAGAGAUCGACUCCCACCACUGGGUUCUGAGGAUGAACAGGGCACAGACUGCUGGGUUCGAGGAGGAUGUCGGCACGAGGACAACGCACCGCUUUAUGUACCCAGAGAGCGCUGUGGACCUCCAGCCUGGGGUCCACCUGGUGCUGGUCCCCUUUAAACCACUGGACCUGAAAUGGGUGACCAGUGCCUUCUCUACAGGCGAGCUGCGCUACACGUACACAAGAGUCAAACAGUUCAUUGAAGCCGACAGAAGCAAGGUGCUAAUCUUGAACCCUGCCUUUCUCAAAUACAUCCAUGACAAGUGGACCCAGCACCAUGGGAGGUAUCCAUCCACUGGCCUCACAGCAUUGCUCUUUGCCUUGCACACCUGUGAUCAGGUGGCAGUGUUUGGUUACGGUGCGGACAACAAUGGGAACUGGCACCACUACUGGGAAGCGAACCGUUACCCUGGAGCCUUCCGCAAGACCGGCGUGCACAACGCUGGCUUUGAACUCACCCUCAUCAAGAAACUGGCAGCCGAAGGCAAAAUCUCCUUUUAUAACUAGCUAAGGGGGCUGCUCCAGGGCCUCUUCAGCCUCUGUUACCCUAACGCCAUCCCCCGGAUAGGCAGCGCUUCCUCCCGCGGGUGCUCCGCUAUCCGCACCCAGCCCCACUGGCUCAGGGAGCGGGACUGUUCGGGGUUGCAGCAGAACCAAGUACUUAUCAAAGCUAGAUACUGACCAUGCUGCCCCAUUCCUCUCGCUUUUCUUCCCUGAGAGGGGAAGCUCUGGAGGGGGGUGUCUGGCUAUCCCGGUAGCCAGUUCCCCCC